AUUCCAUUUUUAUUGGCCACAAAUAAGACCCAUGGAAAUGGAAAUGUUCGAAGCGGAAUCAGAGGCAGAGGCCAUACCUUCAUCCAGUCAUUGGUUGUUGCCUUCAAAAUCGUUUGUUGGUUUAUGGGAACAUUUGAUUUACGAUGAAGGGUCCAAAGAGAAACUGCUCAAAUUUGCUCUCUCGGCAUUAAUGUUUUCCCAACAUAAUGUCAAUACAAAUGUGGUGUCCUGCAAUCGUCUAAUAUUACUACACGGACCACCAGGUACUGGCAAGACGAGUCUGUGCAAGGCAUUGGCCCAAAAAUUAUCCAUCCGAUGUCGUCCCAUAUUUCGUUAUACCCAUUUAAUUGAAAUCAAUUCCCAUUCGCUAUUUUCCAAAUGGUUCUCGGAAAGUGGUAAAUUGGUUAUGCGUCUUUUUGGCAAGAUCAAGGAAAUCAUUCAGGAUUCGCACAGCUUGGUCUGUGUCCUCAUCGAUGAGGUGGAGUCAUUGGCAUAUGCCCGCGAUUGCAUGUCGGGACAAGAACCAAGAGAUGCUAUGCGUGUUGUAAAUGCUCUGCUUACACAAUUGGAUAGUAUUAAGGAACAUCCGAAUGUUUUGAUUUUGGCCACAUCGAAUUUAGCUGACACAAUUGAUAUGGCAUUUUUGGAUCGAGCUGAUAUUAAACAAUAUAUCGGCUUGCCCAAUGAAUUGGCUAUACGGAAAAUUUAUGAUUCAAUGAUUACGGAAUUAAUACGUGUUGGAAUUAUUGAAAGUGCGGAAUCACUGCAAAGUGAUGAUAAACAUGAGGGAUUACUUAAGGAGUUAUCUGUGCGCAGUAAAGGCUUAAGUGGCCGAACUUUGAGGAAGUUACCAUUUUUGGCCCAUGCCGCUCACACAUAUAAUGUUGAUUUUGAUUGUAAGGCAACAAUUAAUUUACCCGAUUUUUUGGAUUCAAUGCUAGAGGCAUUGGAGAAGCACAAACAGGAUCAUGGUAUGAUGAAAUUGAAUAAAUGAUUGUGAAAAGAAAAU